UUGCUAGUAACUGUGUGUGGUGCAUGUUUUUCAAAUCGGUUUUCUCGUGCAAACUCAAAAUAGUUUUUACUGGUUAUAUAAUUCAAUAUGGAGAAGGAACUAAGUUUAAGGCGCGGACUUUUCAAAAAUAUCGACAACACGAACCAUAUCAGAAUAUGCGUCAGUGAAGCAUCAUCAAACGCAGGGAGUGACUCACUUUUUAGUUCAGCAAAUUUGCCAGCUCAUUCCACUACUCCAUCAAAUACUGAUACUUCGGAAUGGCAAAUUGUCCAAAAGUACUGCAAAACUGGCGUUCUGGUCAUCAUGUUGAUUAUGUGUAGCGCCGCUCUUAUGAUUAAUAACGAAAAGAUUCAGGAUUUGCAUCAAAUUAGCAUACAAAACAAUACUAUAAAUAGUUAUAUUAUUUUCAAAAAAACAAACACUUCGAAGCUAAAUGUAAUGCUUGAAGGAGCCCUGCUGCCACCCUACUAUGGUAACCUGUCUUACAAUUGGCUAAGUGUUUGGGUUCAGUUGCUUGUCGUCAAUAAAAUGCCCAAAAGCACUUCUGACAUUCAAUCCACCGAUGUGAUAUCAAUGAGGAAUAUUUCUGAGAUGUGGAAAGUUCCCUUGGUUACUGAAAAUUUGAUAGGCGUAGUACCGGAGGUGAAAUACAAGACCACCUUUCAUUUGAACUCAACUAACGAUACGGACACCCAGUCAUUUAAAUUUUUGCGACUACAAUUUCGAUCUAAUCUCAAACAAAAUCUGCCGUUGCUAAUGGGCUACAAUCUUCAACCAAUUGCUCCGGAUAUCGGGAUCAUUUAUGCAGCACUGUUAUUAAUUGGUCUUUAUGUGCUGAUCAUCACAGAGAUAAUCCAUAGAACACUGGCGGCCAUGUUGGCCAGUACCAUUUCUGUAGCUAUUUUGGCCGUUUUUAAUGCCAGGCCGACUCUCCACGAAAUAGUAUCUUGGAUGGAUGUAGAAACGCUAAUACUUCUUUUUUCCAUGAUGAUUUUGGUAACAAUUUUUAGCGAGACAGGGAUAUUUGACUACGUUGCUUUUUGGGCUUACAAGAAAACUCGUGGUAAAUUAUGGCCAUUGAUCAACAUGCUGGCUGGUCUUGUGAUGGUAUUGUCGUGUGUUACGGAUAACGUUACUACUGCUCUCCUUAUAACUCCUGCUACAAUCAAAUUGUGCGAGAUAAUAAAAGUAAAUCCCGUUCCAAUACUGACCAUCACCGUUAUAUUUGGUAACAUCGGAGGUGCUAUAACCCCAAUAGGAGAUCCUCCCAAUGUUGUUAUUGCGUCAAAUAAAGAAGUGGUUAAGUCCGGUAUCAAUUUUGGGGUAUUCAGCCUUCACAUGGGAUUCGGAGUGCUGCUGGCAAUGGUUGUGGUGUACGUUCAACUCAGAUUUGUCACAUAUCGGAAACUUAAUUGCUUCGACUAUAAGGAGUCGAUCCAAGUUCAAGAUCUUAAAAGAGGCAUAGCGGUUUUGCAACGGACGGCAGCAUCGGUGAGCAGUUACAGCAAAGAUGAGGAAGCGGUCAAAGAAAAUCUUCUCAGGAAAACUGUUAAGCUCCAAGGAAUGUUGAGAGACACGAACACACAACCGACUGUAAACAGAGAGGAGCGGGAAGCAAUUACUUUGGAAACUUUGGAAAGACAGCAUUGCAUCAAAAAUAAGUCCCUAUUAAUUAAAUCGGGGGUGGUGUUAUCUUUGGUGAUAGGAGUUCUGUUAUUGCACAGUAUACCAGCUUUAAGCAGACUGGGAAUGGGAUGGACCUCGCUACUGGGUUGCAUAUUGCUUUUGCUUCUUUAUCACGAUGAAGAUAUGGAGGGCAUUCUGGCAAGAGUGGAAUGGUCCACUUUGUUGUUUUUCGCAUCUUUGUUCAUCCUUAUGGAGGCUUUAACGAAACUAGGUCUGAUUGAUUUCGUCGGAAAGCAGACCCAAAUCCUAAUAACAUCAGUGAAUCCAGACGCCAGAUUGACGGUCGCCAUCGUCUUGAUUUUAUGGGUAUCUGGAAUUGCAUCAGCUUUCGUCGACAACCUACCACUGACGACUAUGAUGAUCAAAAUAGCUACGGAAUUGUCGAACCGACGUGAUCUCAAUUUACCUCUGCAACCUUUGAUUUGGGCGUUGUCCUUUGGAGCUUGUUUUGGAGGUAACGGUUCGCUGUUUGGAUCUUCGUCAAACAUUGUUUGUGCUGGUGUUGCCGAACAGCAUGGAUACAGAUUUUCGUUUCUCCAAUUUAUGAACAUGAUGGAGCACUUUGGGCAGGGUGUAUGAAACUGGUUUGAACAAAAUUUUGCGAGGUGGCUUAGAAAAUUGGUCAGCUCAAUCGUCUGAAGUAAACCCACCAGAUUAUUAUCUGUAAUAUGUGUUAUUCUAUUUAUGCCACGCAAGUACUAAGGUGAAUUAAUGUUGCUAGAAAUCAAAUUAGGAACAAUCGCUUUAAGAUUUUUUCUUGUAUCGCAAAAUAUUAAAUUCGAAACAAUAGAAAUUAUGAUUUUUAGCUAUUCAAUGUGGAAUUGUAAAUUGAACUUGUUUGGUAAAUGUUAUUUUAUUUUUCAUAGAAAUAGCCUGCAGUGGGUGAUAAAAUGAAAAUUAACAAAUGACAAACCCAUCAAGCCAGUUUCAAGGCGUAUUUUUCAAAAACGGUCGAUCCUAAGGAUGUCAAAAAAGUGUACACUGUUCUCGUAACGUAAAUAUUAAUAAAAAAACUAUUUUUAGGUUCAUUCCUUUUAGGGCCUAGAAUAUGCCGUUAUAGUAUAAUUCCCCAUACAUAUAAGUAACUUGAAAUACAUUAUAAAAGCAAUCCAGGACAGAUAGUUCAUUGAAAGUUUAUAGGCAUGUAAUUUGGAAACGCCUUUUAAUUUUUGGGGUUUUGUCAUUUAUGUCAUUAUGACAUUUUGAGAUUGUGUGUGAAAUUAUAAACAUAUUUUAUGUGUAAUGUCCUAUGUCAAUGUCUAACUGUUUUUAAAAUAUUUGACUUUGAAACAAAAUUGCACCGCCUACUUAAUUAACGUUGAAAGUGAAUAUUUUUGUAAUUUCUGAAAACUUGAUCUUCAUAUUUGGCAAAAUGUUAAAAAAGAAUCUUAAGAUCAUUUUUUUGUUCGCGUUGUGUACUACUUUUAUACAGAGUGUACAAACAAAGUCUCCUAAGCCACCUUUUUAAUAUUUAGCCAAAUAUGAAAUUAUGCCCAAAGUGGGUCAAGCCGGAGAAAGAAUUUCUUUUUCAAGGUCAAAUAUUUCAAAUGCGGUUAGACAUAGACAUAAAGUAAGUUUAGAUUUUCACACAGAGUUUCAAAAUGUAAUAAUAUAUGGACAACUUUCGGUUGAACCAGAAAUGACAUAACAUUGAACAUAUUUUGAAAAAUAAGUACACUUUUCGUUUCUAAAUUACAUCCCAAUAAACUUUUAAUGGACAGUUGUAGCUUAUAUUUUACUUCUUCUAUAACUUGUAUAUAAAUGUCUAAAAAAUGUAAAACAGUGAAUUUAAUUUAUCUUUCAGGGUGGGACUUCCCGUCGCUCUAUCAAGUUUAGUAAUAGUCAAUGUAUAUUUAAUCGUUUGUCAUGUAGUCUUGGCAUGGCAUUAAUGUUUUUAUUUGUUAAAAUUUU